AUGCUGCGCUGGCGGCUGGGGCGUGCUCCGGUCUUCUUGGCAACCGCGGCUUCGCACACCGCACUGCGCGAGAUGCACGGGAAGCCGACACAGUCGCACAAGGUUCGCACCCAACACAGCCGACGGUGGUGGACGCAGUCAAAGGCUCGCCACCUCACAGCGAUGCCGCACGACGAGUGCCGGUCGCGUCCACACUUCCCCGCCUAUAACGAAGACGUGGAUCGCCCCAUGUUGGUGCCGGCAGGGGUCACCUGCUUCAAUUGUGAGCAGCCCAUUGAUGAUGGCGAUGUCAACAGCUACGUUUGGGUGCCGGCCGGCAACGCUACUGUCCCAACCCCGCAAGGGUACUUUUUUCACUUCAAGUGCUUCAAGUGCUGGAAGUGCAAGUACCGCCUCAUCCACAACAAGUUUUACUCCAAGGACGGCAAGGCAUGGUGUGUUUCGUGCGCCUUAGGAAGAGACAUCCGUGUGCCCACGCGCCGGUGGCACACUUCCUACGUGAACACGCACCGCACAGGCUCUAGAAUGUCAGGACACUUUUUCCCACGACACAAACAUCAGAUGGCGUUUUUGCUCGACCCGAACGAGUAG